AUGUCCGCCUCGAGCUCGUCCCGCAUCUUCGCCCAGCAUGUCCGCGUCUCGUCCACCGACGAGCUCUCCUACGACCCCUCCUCCCGCGGCGAAAUAAACGAGACCAUCCACACCAUCGUCACCGGCCGCAAGUGCUGGAAGACCAUGAAAGGCAAGGGCGAGGUCGUCUGGCCGCCCUUUCUCGAGCUGGCCCUCGUCGAAGGUCUGGAGAAGUACCAGCCCGUCGAGAGCCGGACAACACGCGCGUUUGGCCGCUUCCCGAUGCGGAACAAGUUCAUCUCGGACUACAUCUUCAACAAGACCGGCAAGCGGCGCACUCCAAAACAGGUCGGCAGUCGUCUCCAGCAGCUGCGCGACACCGCCGAGGGCAAGCGAAUACUGCAGCAGCUGUCGAGCAGGCACAUCGCAAUGAUGCAGCCAAAGUCAGAACCCGUCCCUGACAUCUCCGCCGCCUCCGACGCCGUCGCACCACCGCCAGGCCCGCCCGUCAACUACAUGACCAUCGACAUCGUCCCCGACACGCCUGGCAGCGGCUACCCCUCGCCCGCACUGUCGCCGCUCGCUGGCCCGUCCACGGGCCCGCAGGCCCCGCGCCCGAUGCGGGCCAUCGACCCGACGGUGACGUUCAUCUCGCGCACCGCGCUGCAGGCGUACGCAAGUGUGCGCGUCGUGCGCGACGGCCGGACGGUCUGGGCCGAGAAGACCGUGCUCACCUUCCGCGACUCGAGCGUCGUCCCUGCGCCGGUGUACCCCGCCCAGAUGGAGUGCACGCUCCUGUACAGCACGGAAGUCGUGCCCGGCUUUUGGGGCCAUCUCUGCGAGUGCGGUGAUCCUUCGCAGUAUGCCAUCUACCAGGAUAUCGUUCGGCUGCCGAAUGGCACUGACGCUGCCGCGACCACCACUCAGGCAGGGACGCCCCCUCCCGAGGACAUCCUCCUGUCGACUGUGUAUCGCUUCAGCAUGCACUCGGCAUCCUCCCCUCCCCUCUCUCCGUCGACGUCUAGCGUCGACGCGCUGAGCUACUCGCACGAGUCUAGUGUGACCCGAAAUCGGCUCCGACUAUGGCGAGCUCCUCCCUCCCUGCCCAUGCUCUACACUCCCUCCUCGCACACCUCCCAACCGCACUCGCACGCUCACUCGCACGCCGCACACCACCACCCCCACACGCCCUCGCCGCUCCAAACGCACACCCACUCCCUCCCGCCGCUGCACAACCUCCCGCACCUGCCCUCGCCCGCGCACCCCCACGCACACUCGCCGCCGCAGAUGUCCGUCCACCACUCCCACUCGCUCCCGCAGAUCCGCGCGCCGACGGGCUCGCCCGCGACGCCCGGCCUCAUCCACCGGCACGAGGAGGGCUACGCGAGCCUCCCGCCGAGCCCGCUCGACCUGACGUUCCCCGCGGGUGUGCAGGCCGCGCAGACGACGCUGCCCAGCCUCGCGUCCCUGCAAACCGUCCCGCCGAUCGGAGGCGGGAUGUGCGGAGGGGCGGGGUAUGCCGGCUAUGGCCAGGCGGCGGUGUACGACGGGAUGUCUUAUACGUUUGACCCAUCGAACACCUACGCGGGGCUCUAG